AUGUUCGCUCAGCAAGACGAGGAUAACGGGCGGCAAGCGCAAAAUGUUGCCGGUCGCCGACGGGCGCCAAUGCGCCGCCGUGUUCAUAAUGAUGAUGAGGAUUUCGUUGCUCAUUUGCAGAGAAUGGAAGACGAUGAAGGUGAUGAUGUUCCCGAUUUUGACGGGCUGCCUGAUGAAACUGAAGGCAUGGGCAAGAAGAAGCUGGCAAAAUUGCAAGCAAAGGCUGAAAAGAAGGCUGCGCGUGAGGCUGAAUUGGUCGAACGGGAAGAACGGAAGAAGCGUGAAGCUGAAAAGGAGAAAGAGCGGGAAGCUGAGAGGGAGAGGGAGCGCCUGGAAGAAGAAGCUGAAAAAGAACGCCUACGCAAAGUGAAGGAAGAAAGGGAGGCCCGAGAAUUGGAAGAAUACUUGAAGUUGAAAGAAUCUUUCGUUGUUUCUGAAGAAGGAUGCGAUGCCGUCGAAGGAGAAGAAGCGGAGAAUUUGAUCAUGAGAUUUAUUAAUUACAUCAAGGAGAAUAAGGUUGUCAAUAUGGAUGAACUUGGCGCCCAUUUCGGCUUGAAUGCAGAAGAAGCUGUUAAACGCGUUAAACAAUUCCUCGAAAAUGGAGAGUUAACGGGCGUGAUGGAUGAUCGCGGAAAGUUCAUCUACAUCACAGAAGAAGAGCUAGAAGCAGUGGCAAAGUUUGUCAACCAGCGUGGGCGUGUCACUAUUCCCGAAUUGGCCACUUAUAGCAACAGGCUUAUCCGACUGGAUGCUGAGGCGAAUGCGGCA